ACAUUAAUUAAUUAAACGUUUUACGGUGAGCAUCCAUUUCCCGAUGUUUAUAUUUAAGGAAUGAUUUUUACAAACUGAACGCACUAGACACUUCUAAAUUUAACAAAAUAAAAUAGCUUUUUUUCGUUUGAUUGAAAUAAUAAUUGAGCUGUCAGAACUUGGGGAUCUAAAUAUGCCACAAAUACUUGGCUUCUGGCAGGGAAUCGUUUGGAUUCUACGCCAGCAACUCCCGAAAUCGAAGUCCAAUACUUUCUGUGAAUGCAGAUUUAUAUGUCAGUCGAUUGGUUUUGGUCGAAUCUUCCCCAAAAUCAGUCUCUUUUUUUCGGAUUGCUGAAAAUUCCGUAAUUUUCCAGUAGAUCUACUUUCUGCCCACAGCGCAGCUGCGUUUAACUAGCGCCAAUAUCUUUACACUUCCAUCUACUGCUAAUGUAAUCGAAACAUCCCGCUUCCCUACAAGCACUGUCCCUGGCGGGAAUGUCGGCUUACACAGUUUUCAACCCUUGUAACAGAAAACAGAAAUAAAAGAACACACAAUUCAAUUCAAUUACAGAUGCUGGAAAACUUUUAAACCUGUGAUAGUGUAGUCUCAAAAACAUUAGCAAGCCAUUUUUAGAAACUUUUAGGUAGGAAAGAACAGGUAAAUAAACUGUAACAGGUAACUAAAAGAUCCGACAACUAGAGAUGUCUACUGCGUUUGUUUAGCAAGCCAAAAACAGCCCGCCACAUACUCAUAUCAGACAACCCAGGGGAGCUUCAGUUCUUUCACGUGUGUCCGGUGACGAGGAUUUGUUUGGAUCUCUGCGUCGCGCACCUGCCGCUGUCCCCCUAAGCUGUUAUCGAGCCAGGCUCAGAUCCAAGUAGUGAGAACAUUUCAUGAAUAACAAAGCAAACGCUACGAAAGCCGUGCCGAAAAUGCCUUACAUCAAAGAAGAUGUAUCGAUCUAACUCUUUGAACCCGGUUCUGAAUUUUGAGAACGAGAGACCAUGCUUAUACGAAAAGCGAAGUUAGAAAACGGCAAGGAUAAAGUUGUAAGGGAUGUUGCAGGAGCCCUGCGAGGGAGCUCAGCAGGCAGACAGGAAAGAACAACGGGCGAGGCCAUUGGGCCGGUUUCGAGGGUAAGGGCAGGUUUGCUAUCUGUGUGUCCGGUUGUCAGUCUUGUGUCCCUUCACGGUUUGUGCCGGGAACAGCGGACGGUAAAGGACAGUGGACCGGCCAACGAUUGAAGCAGCAGCAUGAACACCAGUAGCGAGCGUAGAGUUGGCCCGCUCCAUCAGUACUAGCAUUAGCAUUGGCACUAGCCCAAUCGCAGUAACGUAAUACCGCUAUCCAAAUGCUGCGGUGCAUUGUUUCGCUCACCACAGCGAUGCCAUAGUGGUGGGUAAGUGGUGACUGCUGCUCUUGCAAUUGACACAGUCUGUACGGCGAUAAUCGAGCAGUACCAGUAAAGCCACGCACGUUUCGUUAUUAUAAAAGCUCGGCUUUCCCAAUCAGCUGUGUUACCGCUCCGUAUGAAUGUCGUUCAGAUCAGCACACAUUCUAUUGUUACUGGGUGACGAUUAAUGCUGGUGUUAGUGCUGAGCACUCUGGCGGCAUUGACGGCUCGUCAUCGUGCAAGUGGUGUAUCCGUCAGCCAGGCACUACCGUUUAGCAAAUAGCUAAAUCGAUAGAUAUGGCAGUGACGUUACGAUUUUUGACAUCGAGGCCCCGCAGUCUUAGCUAAGGAGAGGAUGAAUUCUACUUUAUGGGCAGAGAAUUCUAUGAGGUGCUGUUUUUAUCGUGCAGCUAGCUAGUCAAAAGUGUAAUGUCUCAGUGUUGUGUAAACAAAUGUUCCUUCAGUGAGUGUUGAUAGCGCAGAAAAGAAGCCUCCGUAUCUGUGCAAUACGAAGAUCACGACAGCUCAUGGUGUAGUGUUUUGUAUAUGUGCAUCAAUCGUGUACGUACAAUAUUGGAAAAAUAGACACUCUACGGCGGUCUGUAAAUCUAGAGAAGAUUAACGAGUUGCAAAGUAUGGAAAUACCUUUCUACUGGGGUCUAUAAAGUGUACAUAGCAGCGAAGAAAAAACACGAUGGAAACUGAUGACGAGGAGCUCGAUCCGCGGGUACAGAUUCAAUUGGAGAGGCUGAAUUCUUGUACCGACGAGAUCAAUCGGCUUGAAGUGGAACUCGAUGAAUUAAAUGCUCACUUUAGACAUACGCUUUCAGUUUCAUCACAGAAGCUUAACAUCCUUAAAAAAAAACUCGAUAAAGCUAUUGAAGCAGCGCGGCCUUAUUAUGAUUCAAGGCAAAGAGCUCUCACAGCACAGCAAGAAUGCCAACGGGCGGCAAUCCAAUAUCAGCGAGCGUGUGAAGUUCAUCAGGCGGCAACAGAGACGAUUGCCCUUGCCGAGCAGCGGUUCCUUAGUAAUCAAACUGAGUGGGCCUUUGACGAGGCUUGGCAAGAGAUGCUUAACCAUGCUACCGAAAAGGUGACCGUUGCAAAGGCUCAAAUGGUCGAAAGUCAAGGUGAACAUCGGAGACGAGCUGCUGUUUUUAAAGAAGCUGAAGAGAGUAUUCACUGUCUUGAGGAAAAACUCAAGAAAGAAAUCAAAAGGAGUCGCAUAUAUUUUGAAGCCAAAGAACGUUUUGAGAAUACCCUAGAGGAAAUAAAAGCAAGAAUCGAAGAGAAGCGUCGUGCGGUCUUAGGUUCUAAGGAACAAUAUAAUGAAGCUCUGCAUGCUCUUGAAGUCAUAUCCUCCGAAAUCCACGAGCGAAGAAAAGCAAGAUCAGGGUCAUCGUGCACGGAAAGAAAAUACAGAGACUCGGGAUUUCAAGAGCUGCCAUCAAGGAGUACAUCGGAAGAUUUGUGCGAUCAAACCAUUGGUCGUCUUCUUGAAGGCUCAAUAUCACUUGGUGGAUCAAUGACGGUUGAUGAAGGAUACUCGCAGUCUCAGCUUGGGUCCGAUUCGCACCUCGCAAGUCUUGAUUGCUCGAUUUCGUUGUACUCAUCGCUAGCGUCCUCCAUUUCAUCAUUGGACAGGCUCAAGGAUACGCAGCAACGACAGUACCAGCAGCAGCAGCAGCAAUUACCGUUAGGAAAACACGAACCUUUACUGGACGUAUCAUCUAAAACAAAUCCCUUAACAACCGCGGCAGUAAUGCCAACUGCUUCAACAUCGACGCCUUUUGCUGAAUUCGUUGAAGUUUCACUCGACGAUGAUGAUUAAUAACGUUCGUUACAGUUCGUAGUGCUUAGUACAGUUUAGAAAAGCUAGUUAAUUGUAACUAAAAUGAGUGCACUAAAGAGAACGAUCCCACAGCAUGUCUUCACAGCACAAACGACCCGAUAAUGCUGCAAAUGACUAGAAUGGCCGUCGCCGUCAAGCUCACAAUAAUUUAGCAUUUAGUAACUAGUUCUUUAUCAGUCGUGAUCGACUUAUUAUAGCAGUAAUCAAUACACAGCUUGUGAUUGUCCCGCUGUUAUUUUCACGCGAAUACUGAUUUUGAUAGCUGAUGCAAGCAGACUAGUCAAGCGCUGUGCUAACUUUACAUAUUGGAACUGGGAGAGUUGAAUGUGUAUACGCACCACAUACGCCGAAUGACUUUGAAGUAGUUUAAACAGUAUGUGAACCACCAAGAAUCCUAACUAUCAGUAUCAAUCCCUCAGGUUUCUCUACAGCUAUUUUAUUCCGCCAAGUUACAGUGAACUUGUCUACGUGCACAGCCCACAAUGAAUCCUUAAAAAUAUAUUCGCGAAAAAUUGAUCGUAAUUAACUCGUUUCAAAAGGCCUCAUAUUCGUCACUGUUUUAUAAUAUAUUCUCAUUAAAGCCUUGUUCCACGAAAGAACACCCAGUCAUUCGUAAUGUUUCUCUCUUGUGCAAUGCUAGGUUACCAAAUUACUUUAUCACUGGGUAAUUCUAGGGACUCGUAUAGUAAAUCUACCCGGUGAAAAUGGCGGAAUUAUGGUUAGCUGUGAAAUGUAAACAGAGUAGAAGCUUUUGAUAUUGAUGGCAGGUCUUCUUGCCCGACUGGUCGGGCAUAGAUCAUCGCUUAUUGUUAAAUAAUAGUACCUUAUACUACUUAACGGGACUCUUCUCCGGAUUAGAAGAGAUUUCUCUCGUAUAUAGGCUGAGGAAAAAUAUAUGACAACAUUAAGAUGAAAUCAUUAUACCAGUGAAGAAAAAUAAGGUUGUAAGAUCGAUUUAUAGAGACAGGAGUGGGUGAUACUGGAGGCCGUUGGGGAUUGCAAGUUGACAAUACUUACAGAAGUAACUAUGCUACACGGUGACAGCAGACAAGUUGUGGUGCUUUGCUGAUAUAGGAGUAACGCCGUUGAGGAUUCGUCAAACGUUAAACAAUUUUUACUAUAAAAUUUACAAAUUCUCCGGAAUUUUCCAGAAAAAAACGGUCCUAUGAAAAGGAAAACAUGCAGCUGAAAUAUUUCGUUUAUUGCAAUUUCAUUGUUCUCGAGAAACACUACUGUGUCGUAAUCCCACCAUUUUAUACUUACUUUUAAGUAAUUGGUAAAAGGAAACCCAGAAAAACACAAGCAUAUACAGUUUUUUCGUCUCAGACGAACUAUAGAGUUCUUUUUCUCCAUAUACAUUUUACACAUUUAAAAUGUUGAUUAGUUUGUCAAAAUUAAACGAGUAAUAUAAUGAAUAACAUCUAAACUGAAAUCGCCCGUUCGUACCAAUUUCAGCUUCUAGUGGACAGGUACAAGUAGAAGGAAGCGUUUGAGUAGUUGCAGACAGCAGUAACAAUAUCGUAAUAUUGCUAUUAGGGGAGCACCAGUAGGCGUAGCGAUAAAAGUAAUGAUAACGAUGAUAAUGUUGAUCAAUAAUGCGAAUUCUGCUACAGUAUCUGGUACCUACUAGCUUUGUUUCUUGCGACCGGUUCUACGUUUUUGUCGUCCAUAGUGUACUUUACGCAACAGAAAUUCCAGUUGACAAUUGGCUAACCCCAGUCGUAUGGUACAAUAUGGUAACGCUCAUAAAGCGGUUUACACGAUGACACGCCUAUUUUAGCACUUAAUAAUUGAGCUGUGAUUUCAGCUCCUCUAGUUACCGCAAUCCAACAAAAUGGGUUAGGUUUUUAAGGAAAUACAGAUUGACAGACAUAUAUACUGAAGCAAUUUCAUCCAAAUAUUUUGUGCAAGUAUCACCAGCAGCAUAUAUGUGUCAAUUGAAACUGCGAGUUAAUAAUAGUUGCGCUGAUGGUAGGAGCUGGGACUUGUAUUAUGAUCUCAGUCAAACAUGAUUUGACAACGAUAGCAUUAAUAAGUCAUAACAAUAACCAGCACAAAUAUAGAUGAUCUUAAAGAUACAAUACAAUAAUGGCAGCAAAACGUUUCGAAAACAGUAACAGAUUUCACAGUAAUAAAACGCAUCGCUGAAUGUAUACAAAUCUAUUGCAGUGUGCGUACUCUUUGUAUAAAAUUUGAUUCAUAUGAAGUGUGAAGGGCAAGGUUUUACGAGAAAUAUUCGUGCUUCUAUAAAUUAGCAGAAAAUAAAUUAAUUUUAGGAAUUAUAGUUGAAUGCUAGCGCACAGGUACAAUACGUUGGCAAUCAUGCGAUCGUGUACCUAGUUUCAUUUCUAAAACUAGAAAGGAAAUAGUAAAGGCUAUUUAACAAAUGUUGACAACAUUUUUCUCGUAUGCAAUGCACUUCAAACAGUAUAUAGGCAAUAAAGGCCUGAGUGUUACAUUGAAACUAAAGAUGUUAGAACAAGUGAAGCGAGACUUCAAUAUCCUUCGUAAAUAAAGUCUACAUGAUGACCAAAAAAAGUUUGCGUUUCUAUUUA